UUACUUUUACUUCUCGUGUCUGUUCUGUUUCCCACAAGUUGCAACUGUUAAGUCAGCCAUUUUCGCUGUGAAGAAAGUGUAAUGAAAGUUUGAGUCUCUCCACGUUAGACUGAAUGAAACGUUAAACCCGGGCUGUACCGUUUUCAGUUGAAUGUAACGGUGGUUGUAGCUAACCACGCAAACAUAAACAUAAGGAAAAAAAAAAAAAAAAAAAAAAAAAAAGCAAAGCUGUAGGUACGAGCCUUAUUUAUUAAUUGUUGUUGUGUUUGGUGAAACCCCUCUCACAGUUAAUGGAGCUCCUGCCAUGAAUUUAAACGUGAAUUUGUGAGGUGAAGGUGCCGGGCUGGGGCUGGAGCAGACAGGGUCAGGCUGAGAAGCACACGAUGGUGAUGUCGAUGUGGGUGAUCCUGCCCAUCAGCCUGCCCGUCUUCACCAUCACUGGCAUCUGGGUUGUAUAUGCCAUGGCUGUGUAUAAUCAACAUGUGUGUCCUGUGGAGAACUGGAUGUAUAAUCAGUCCUGUGAAGAGGAUUUGUCUGUGCAGAGGGGACCAGUAUUAUGCUGUACUCUGGACAGCGUGCCACUUAUCAGUAAGUGUGGCACACUGCCUCCAGAGAGCUGCUUCUUUAGCCUCAUCUGCAGCACAGGAUCCUUCAUGGUGAUGUUCAUUGUGUUGCUGCAUUACGCCUAUGUGAUCGAGAAGCACCAGAACUGCGUGUUAAACUUAGCAAGCCUCUCCACUGGCUGGAUCUGCUCUGCAGGGCUCAUUAUGGUGGGAAAUUUCCAGGUGGAUUAUGCGAGGGUGCUGCACUACGUUGGGGCUGGUGUGGCUUUUCCUACCAGCAUGCUGUAUGUAUGUGUGCAGUCUGCACUGACUUAUAAAUUGGCUAAGACGUGGGGCGAGUACUUCAUGGGCCAUCUGCGUCUCCUUAUGACCCUGCUGGCCUUCGUAGCCUUGGUGCUCAGUGGAGUCUUUUUCGUCCAGGAGAGUUUUGUCCUGCAGCACGCCUCAGCCAUUUUUGAGUGGGUCUUCUGCACCAUCAUUAUGCUCUUUUAUGGCACAUUUGCAUUUGAGUUUGCAGGAAUCUCCAGAAACACCAUGAUGGUCCUGGCCAGAGGAGGAGGAGCCUUAAGUAGCACCAACCAAGAUCACAAAAUGGAAUCGCUUAGUGGAGCCAGUUCACACCAGCCAGAAAAUAUGUCCAUGCUUUAACCUCAUGGAAGGAGAGAGACACGGGGGCAGUUGUCACUCUCUCUUUUUCUGUAUCUGCCAUAAUGCUGCCGUACACCUGUACAAGAGGAUUUUCAAACCCUAUUUUCAGAAAAGUUGGAACAUUUAGU